AUGAUUAGCGAAGCCAGAAAAGCCGAUGGUCUCUCUGAGGACGUGAUUGCUGACGUGCAUCCAAACCGCCCCGACUUUCGAGGGUUUGCAAUUGGCGAGAACAUCAUCUCCUUUCAGGCUGAUCCGUCAUUCGAAGAACUCGAAGCAGCUGGUGCAGUAGUCCAAAAGCACGACAAGGCCCAUACUGUCUUGGAUGAUUUCUUUCUUAUAUCCGGCGAGAUUCCUCGGCGGACGCCUUAUGAAACCGGAUUGAAGCAUGGGAUGCGGUUUGACAAGAGCGACAGCGAAUGGACUUCUGACGAGUCUAUUAUUGAUGAACGGUUUAUCAUGUGCAAUGUGAAAGACAAAGGAAUCGUCAUGUUGACUGGCUGCAGCCAUGCAGGAGUCGUCAACUGUACGCAACAUGCCCUCGAGCUUGCUGGCAGAUCAGUCCCACUCCACGCGGUAAUCGGAGGUUUUCAUCUGGCCACUAGCGACACGGCUCAAAUGGAAAGCAGUAUCAAGGAUCUCCUCAAACUGGACCCGGCUGUCCUACUCCCGGGACACUGCACUGGCUGGAGGGCGAAGUUUGCCAUCGAAAAGCAGAGGCCUGGGAUGCUUGUACCAUGCUCUGUUGGCUACAACAUUAUCUUCUGA